AUGGAGCCAUUGGCGAAUCAGAGUAAAAUACCCAUGAUCGCCAUAACCGUUCAUCCUUCGAAAUAUAAUGGCACUCAAGACCCCGAAUCAUGGUUACAGGAUAUUCGUUUCUUCUGUCGCCUCCACGGAAUUGAAGACGAAGAAGAUAUUGUUUCUUUUGCGUUACUUAAAGUUGACCCAAUGAUUUUUGUUCCCGAAAAGACGGUUUCAUUCUCCGGUCUCAUCAGAGCGCUAAAGGCGCACGUCACCUAUCCGGUUAUGAUUGCGUCGGCGCUUAAUAAUCUUCGACAAUUGAGGUACAAUUCAAAUAUGGAAAUGACGGAUUUCAUAUCGACGUUUCUUUCCUUGUGCAGAAGUGCCAACAUCACAAAUCUCAUGGAGCAAAAACAUUACCUGUUAAAUUCCUUGCACGACGACAACAUAAGAAAUAUAUUGGCGAGUAAAUUGAGGAAUGUUGAUGAGUUUGACUGGGUAAUAAAGAUCUUUCAGGGUAUCCUGUACGAAUACCCUUUGCACCAAAUCCGUUACGGAUCGAGAAUCACCAUCAAGCAUUGUGUCACCGGUCAAUAUUUAUCGCACGGUGAACACAAACCAAUGAAGCCGGGUUCUCAAAAUUCAAGGGUCUAUUGUAGCGGAUGCAAACCCAAGGAGAAUGAAGUGUGGAUCGUCACGUCACCAUUCGGCGAGAAUAGAUCGCACGGUGAUCCCGCAUACUUCAAUUCCUUUAUCAGUCUGGUUCACGAAAAAUCCCGGACGAGCUUAUCAGCGGUCGAUAAAUUGACUGGUCGUGAUGACACGAAUUGUAAUUGGCUUGUGAAAAGGCACACCAUCGAGUCCGGUUAUCAGAAUGAUCUCAAUGGUGCAUGGGCGAUAGGUGACAUCAUUAUAUUGGAGCAUGUGAAUAAUAAAUUGUCGUUGUUCAGUAGAUCUCAAGAUUACGAAGGUAAUCAAGAGGUCAUACUGGAAGGUGAUGGUUACGAAGAGAGUAAUAAGUAUGAGACCUACAAAUCAACUUUGGCAGCAUAUCCCGAGACUCUUCUGGGCACCAUUUUUCAGGAUAAAAACAGAUCCUUAAUAUACGCAACUAAUGGUAAUGAAUACUUUAUCGAUCGAAAUGGAUGUGUGUUCCACUACAUCAUGCAGUUUUAUCGUACCGGAAAGGUUUUCUGGUCCGAGCAAAAUCGAGGCAAUACAUAUGUCACCUAUGAAGAGCUGUUGGAGGAAUUGGAUUAUUUUCAGAUUCCCGUUUCACCAAUAUCCUCGGCGAAAAUUUCGGGACCACGAUCGCAUCGCUCAAGAAUCUUAUCAUCGACCCUGGCCGAUUUCGUUAACUCCAUGGACAAGGUUAUCACCGUGAUAACCGACUGCACGGAUCCCAAUGAUCUAUUGGACUCCUCUUCGGAUUACUCGUGGAACAUCAAUAUUUCCUUCGGAAAGCACGAACGAGGCAUGUUUUCAUGGUGGGCAACGUUAAACGGCAAACCUUUAUCAUUUCACGAAGGCAACGAACCAAACUUCAAAUCUUACAAAGGAUUCAAUUGGGGGUGUAAAAUUUUAAAGGAAUUUGGUGAUGAGAUUGGCGACUACUUUGAGGAAAAUAUCGAGGGGUUGAGUUGGAAGGUCUACGAAGGAAAGAUCAUGUCGAAACCCGGGAAUGAACUGAAUUCGGAUGUCUCCGGAAUCAGCGUUUUCAUCAACAUAACCAACGCUUUUGACCACGAGGAGAUCGUCGACG